AUGGCAACCGACGAACCUAUGCAGCCAAUGACAGACGACUCUUCUCAGCAUAGUCUCUCCAUAGAGACGCAGGACGCCAUCUUGAGCUGAGCAGUCUCUUCCACGAAUUCGAAUACGUUAGCCAGUUACUUACAGAAAACAUCUAGAAGAAAUGAGCGGUCCUAAGCCUCGAGCUGAAAUGCCAACUAAUGUAAAUGGUCCAGAUACUGAUACAGGAUCAACAGGUCCUACUAGAGACCGCAAGCCUGCUGGAGGUGUACUAAAGAGACUUAAGUCCCGGCGAAACCAACCGGAUAGGCGGCCCGUUACGGAAGAUGAGCUUCGGGCGCUGGGCAGAGACAUCACUCCAGAUGAAGUCCUAGGGCUACGGGCUGUCACUCGAGAUUACCUGUGUAAACCAGAUGACAAUGUCUACAACAUUGACUUCACACGUUUCAAGAUCAGGGAUCUGGAGACGGGCACAGUGCUGUUUGAGAUUGCCAAACCCCCAAACUGCGACUCAGAAGAGGACGAUGAAGAGAAUGUAGAGGGUGACUCCAGUGCCGGGCGCUUUGUUCGCUAUCAAUUCACACCCGCCUUCCUGAGACUGCGCACCAUAGGUGCCACUGUGGAGUUCACUGUGGGUGACCGGCCGGUGAACAGCUUUCGAAUGAUAGAGAGGCACUACUUCAGGGAGCGCCUCCUGAAGAACUUUGACUUUGACUUUGGCUUCUGCAUCCCCAACAGUCGCAACACCUGCGAGCACAUAUACGAGUUUCCCCAAUUGCCUGAGGAUCUCAUUCGUCAGAUGGUGGAGCACCCUUAUGAGACCCGAUCAGACAGCUUCUAUUUCGUGGACAACAAACUGAUCAUGCACAACAAAGCAGACUACGCCUACAAUGGGGGCCAGUAGUGCUGAGGGGGGAGAUGAAUGUCUGUACAGCACAGCGCAACACAAGGCCACACCUGACCAUACACCUCCUGCAGACCCAGGACUCUUAUGACUUCAGACAUUCCAGUAAGCCUUACAACUCCAAACGAAGGUCUGGGGAAUCAGAGGGACAGAGAGAGAGAUCUCUUAUCAGUUAUAAUGGGAAGCGAUCUGUGCCGCUCUUAUUCCCUCAUUUUCAUUGUCUGUUUCGUGUUUUCGCUUCUGCACGAUGGAAGAGAUAACACAGGCCCCCACACUCAUAUGAGACUACAUGCCUCGAAGCCCCCCUACUGCACCAGCCUCCUUUCUGUUUUUUCUUGUAAAACGGUUUGUCUUGCAACAGAUUGAAGUGGUAUGUUGUGGAUCAUGUGACUGAUGCUGUGGCCCUGGCUGCUCUGCCACGCCUCCCAGUGUUACCGCGGUAGCAUUCGUAACCAUGAAGACGAGAAUAAUGGUGAUUAUUCAUUGAAUCGAUAGAGGGUGUUUUAAACUGGAUUCUGUACAGAGAGGGAGCAGGAACCUCACAUGUAGCAUGCACCUGGGUGGUGCACAGUAGCCGCCAUGCUACACAUCGGCAAGGGUUAAUUAAGCCAGUUAAGGUGGGGGAUAAUUAGGUAGCCAGACCUGGGAACGUAAUCAUGAUACUUUGCCUUUCUCCCAUUCUCCUUGUGCUGUCCAAUAUUUAAUGACUGCAGUGAGUUGGAAGCCUGCCUUUACUGUCCCAAACAAGACUGGGCAGAUUUUUAUUUUCUGAUUUGCAUAAUGUUCUUCAUGGCUCUAAUCACUGCUUAAUCAGAAAAAGCUGUCAGAUUGAACCUGCCUUUUCGCUCAUUCAUUCCAUGAAGAGGAAUAUCAUGUAAAGUAGCACCCAGUCUUUUACUCUCCUCAGGCCUUUUAUCAGUUUCAAAUGCGUCAAUCCUGACACUGCCCCUCAUCCAUCGAGCUUAUGCAUAUCCUUGUGACUUGUGAUAACCUUGAUAGAAACCCAAUGGGAACAUAAUGUUUAAAUUGGGCUAUCUAUACUCUACACCUAUUCAAGUCUGACAUAGCAUUAUUGUUUAUUCUGUCUAUAUUUCCGUAACCGAUCUGCAAGUCAUAAAUAAUGUUCUUCAUAUAGCUGAAAGCAAAGUUCUGUCAGAAAGCAUGCCAACACUGCCUGAGAUUCAGUUGGUUGAUUUGGUUGUUGCAACAAAGGUUUUGUUGGGGAAAACCUUUGGACCUAUUUACAAAUUCUAGGUGGUAUAAAUCAAGUAGUAUGAGGGGAAAAAAUGGCAGAAUCGUUUAGCCCUCUCUUGAAGCAAUUCUGAUUUUAAAGACUGGAGGAUAAUUGUAUUUUCUUGGGAGCACGGAUUAAGAAUGUAUGAGGGAAAACAAAUGGGAGAAACUGCACAAUUUGAUUCCCCUUAAUUAUAUUGUUUUUGUGUGAUUUUCACAUUGGUCUGCUUGGGAGUAUUCAAAAAACAUUUCCCAAAGCCAGAAAAGCCCUUAGGUGCAUUUCUGUAACAGAGCUGUGUCUGGAAGAACUGAUGUAGCUAUUACUCUGCAAUAGGGAGGCAGUGACAAAUCAAGCCUGUACGAAGUUGAACUGUAUUCCCUUAGCAUUCACAGCAAGUAUUCUCACUUUCCUGCUGAGGAAAGGAGUGCAUUGCGUGUGCUGGCGUCACAGCGAUCAGUACCUCGUUCACAGUCACUGUUCAACCAUUGUCUGCAGAUUAAUUCACACCGUAUCCGCCUUAUUUUUUUAAUAGUUUUUACUUGGUGCAGUAAGUUGAGUCAAAGCCUAAAACUAAAGGAAGCCAAGACUCCCAGCCAAAAAGUUUCAUAAUUUGGACAAACUUGCAAGUGACCGUAACACUUUCCAUAGAAUUAAGUAAAGGGAAUCCUCUACCAUUCAUAGACAUACAUGGACAAAACAGAAGUGUGUACGUCAAGUGUGUUUGUAUUUCAAAUACAUUAAAAUACAAACCAUCAUGAUUCUCGCAUGUGCAGACCACAUCCAGAAGGCCUCCAUGCAUCUCCUUGUCAUGGGCAGCUGUCUGUUGCUGCUUCUCAGUGUUGCAGUCUUCAUUCAGCCCCUCCAGUGCACACACUUCAUGUCAAAUGCAUAUGUACGCUUUUCUUUUUGAAACCUACCGACAGACACGCUCUUAAUUGGCUAAAUUAGAACUAGACCAGUUCAGUCAGUGUACAGCUCACAUUUUCCCACAUCUUAUAAAAGGUUAAAUCUUACAUUUAGGCAUCCUACUUGGCUAGAUGUGUGAUCCUAGUUGUAGCACAAGGACAAUGGGGAUGAAAAAUAUCCUGUAAAUAAUCUAGUUCAGCGCUACUCAACUCCACGUCCUGCGGGCCGCAGUGUCUGCAAGUAUUUGCUCCUGCCGUGUGCUACACCACUAAAUAUCUCACCUGCUUGGUUCAGAUAAAAAGAUAAUUAGUGAAAUCAGAUGGUCUGGUCCACGGUAGGACCAAAUGUCUGAGUAGCGCUGAUCUAGUUCAUCAAGAGCUCAGGAAUAAGUAUCCAAAGGCUUCUCUCCAGAAUCCGCUUUGAGGGCAAUUGUGCAUACAUCUUAUACAUGCCCUUUCCUCAGUUCCUUGAAUAUGUUCCAACAAAAAUUAUUUUCUCCCUAACUUUUCAACUUGAAUUUUGAUUAGCCGGGGUAACUAAGGGUUACAGCGCUACCGUCAGUGCAAGAAUGUAUGAUCUAGAAACUGUAAAUGAAGUGCCCUUUUGUGCAUCCAAUUGAGAUACAGGGUGAGUAUGUAUGUAGGGCAGUGGUGGGAAAUCUUAGCCCUUAAAGGAUGACUUAAAUUUUCAUUCAUUUCUCCAGUGGCGGGAUUUGUAUUUACUGUGUGGGGCCAUGCAGUGGCCAUACAAUGCAUCUCUUCAAUUAGCAGCCAACUGUUACAAUUUUGUAGCUGAAGUUCACAUAUUGGAGAAAUCCCUUACUCCAAAAAUAGGCUAUUGAAACCUAAAAUGGCCUGACAACUGUUACCCACAAGGACCAAGAUUUCCCUCCAUUACAGUAGUGAAUAAUAAAAGUUAUAUACUAGAAUUUGAUUGUUAAAUCAGCUGACCAGUGUUAGUGAUUCAUAUUCUUAGUCCUUUUCCACAUUCUCAGCACUGCAAGUGUUUGUGAAUGGUUCACUUGGUUAAGGAAGUCAUCUUUAAUGGUUGAAAUUAUAUUUCUUGUAUGUAUGACUGCUUAGUCUAUUCAGAAAAAUACAUAUUGGCAAACCAUUAUAGCAAUGAAUACACUGCAGAACAUACAGAUCCUGACCAAUGAGCUCAGUGGAGCUGCUUUGUAGGUGUAUUAAGUCAGUUUCCAGGCGGCAUUUUGUUAUGAACACUAAUGAUGGCAUUUGCAAUUUACAUUAACUAUUGUUUAACGGCUGCUGAUGUUAUUUUUGUGUCUUUUCUUUUUUUUUAAAUAUUGAUUUGCUUGUUACUGUUAAUGUUUAAACUGGAACCCAUUUGGUUUAUAAUGUUUUGUUUUCAUUUAAUUGUACAUUUACCAUGUUCUUUUUUCUUUUCUUUUUUUUAGAUAACGUUUAAAAAAAUCUUUAAAAACCCAAGUAGGACCCAGUUUUAACAUGACUAGAAAAUCAUAUGAAGGAAUUAUCCAAAUUUGAAGAGUUCUUUGUCUUUCUUUUUUUUUUAAGCUCAAUUUUCAGGGACUUUAGACUAUAUCAUUUACAAUGAUAAUAUCUGCCCUUGUCUUUUGUGGAAUUGUAGGAUUACUCUAUAAAAAUGAGGUCAGAAUAAUGCCUCUGUAUUUUUAACAUCUUGCCUUUUUAUGUUCAGAGUAAUUUUCAGGUGUUUGUACAAAAUGUUAUUUUGUCAAAAUAAGAAUAAUAAAUAACUUUUGAUUUUCACAA